CAACAACAAUGUGCGCUCUCUCUCUCUCCGGCCACUCACUUGCGCUCUCUUCAUUCUUGGCGUCGGUGUGUGUGUGUGCGCGCCUGUGACUAAUACAGCGUGGAGAGCCGCUCAUUUACUUUGCGCUCGAUUUCGCUCACUCGCUGUGUUGCUGUUGUUGCGUGUUGUUGCUUGCUUGUAUUUGUAUUUGUAGUUGUGUGUAAAGAAAAGCAAAGUACCAGGCAGCGUCGACAGUGGCGCUGUGUUGCUUGUUGGCGAGGGAAGGGGUAGAGAAGAGUAGGAGAAGCAUUUUGCAUCUGUACCCAAAACAGGCUAAAGACUCCACAAAAGCAGAUCAAGGACGAGAUGAGGAAUCCGCUGUGGUUCAUCUUCUGGCUGCUGGUGCUUGUGGGCGUGUCCUUGAUUGUCGCCUGCCUCGGCGCCUUUUUCUACAUUUGGAUGUAUCUGUUGUCGCAAUGCUGCGACUGCUUUCGGAGUGUGGCCGACUUCUUUCUGAAGUGCGCUCAGUUUCCAGGGUAUUGCUGUGCCGCCAUGUUAAGUUGCCAAUCGUUGUGCUGAGCGCGUCUAUCGAUGGCUUGCCGCAAGGAAUCAAACACACACACACCUACACACACACACACACACAGACGGAAGUUAAAGUACACCUACAUCGAAGUGGCAGGCAAUCAGCAAAUAGAUUAGCUGUGGCGAUAACGCGAAACGGGCUUUAAACCUCACAAACACUCAAGGCACACAUGGCUAACACACACACAAACACACACACACACACAGAAACUCUCAAACUACCUUGAUAAGAAUCCAUUUAAAUGAGCUGCAUAUUGUUUGUUAUUUUUUUUCUGUUUUU